AUGAAAUUACUCCAUAGGACCAAGUCAUCAGGCUGGCUGCCACCUGGCACCUGCAGCAGUGCACAUGGACCCCCCAAUGGAUGGGACAUGGCCACCAAUAGAGACGGGCGAGACUUCUACAUCAACCACGUGUCCCAAAGCAGCUCCUUGGAGGAGGUUCGUCUGGACGGGGACACGUUUGUACCUCCGGCCCCCCGUAAGGUGGAGAUGAAGCGAGAUCCAGUCCUGGGCUUCGGCUUUGUGGCAGGCAGUGAAAAACCAGUGGUGGUUCGGUCAGUCACACCAGGAGGUCCCUCUGAGGGCAGACUGACCCCCGGAGACGAGAUCAUCAUGAUUAACGACGAGCUGGUCAGCUCCGCCCCCAGGGAGAUGGUCAUUGACCUCGUCAGGAGCUGCAAAGAAUCCAUUGUUUUGACAGUGGUCCUACCGUACCCAUCACCCAAAUCUGCGUUCAUCAGUGCAGCCAAAAAGGCCAAGUUAAAGUCUAAUCCAGUGAAAGUCCGCUUCGCAGAGGAGGUCAUCAUUAACGGUCAAGUCCCGGAAUCUGUGAAGGACAACUCUCUGCUCUUCAUGACAAAUGUCCUGAAGGUUUACCUGGAGAACGGACAGACGAAAUCCUUUAAGUUUGACAGGAACACAUCCAUUAAGGAUGUCAUCUUGACCCUGCAAGAGAAGCUCUUCAUUAAGAGUAUUGAACACUUCUCACUGAUGCUGGAGCACAGACACGAGGGCUCGGCCAGCAGACUCAUGCUCCUCCACGAGCAGGAGAUGUUAACUCAGGCAACACAGAGACCAGGGGCGCACAAGAUGAAAUGCUUCUUCCGCAUCAGCUUUGUCCCAAAGGACCCCAUUGACCUCCUCAGGAGAGAUGCAGUGGCGUUUGAAUACCUCUAUGUUCAGAGCUGUAAUGACGUGGUGCUGGAGAGAUUUGGGUCAGAGCUGAAAUACGACACGGCCCUGCGUCUGGCUGCCCUGCAGAUGUACAUCCUCACUAUUAACACCAAACAAUCGCAGAAAGUCUCCCUCAAGUACAUUGAGAAGGAGUGGGGUUUGGCACUGUUCCUCCCUCCUGCAGUACUAUCCAGUAUGAAAGAGAAGAACAUCAAGAAAGCCCUAACACACAUUCUCAAAACCAACCAGAAUCUGGUACCUCCUGGAAAAAAGCUGUCAGCAUUGCAGGCCAAGGUCCACUAUCUGAAGUAUCUCAGUGACCUGAGACUGUAUGGAGGGCGGGUGUUUAAAUCUAUACUGCUGCAAGGAGAGAAGCACACAGAGGUGACUCUACUAGUGGGUCCCAGGUAUGGCAUCAGUCAUGUGAUCAACACCAAGACUAACCUGGUGGCGCUGCUGGCGGACUUCAGCCACGUCAACCGUAUCGAGAUGUACACAGAGGACGAGAAGAACGUCAGGGUAGAGCUACAUGUUCUGGAUGUSAAGCCCAUCACUCUACUAAUGGAGUCCACUGAUGCGAUGAAUCUGGCCUGUCUGACUGCUGGAUACUACAAACUACUGGUGGACUCUCGUCGUUCCAUCUUCAACGUGGUCAAAACAGGGAAUGUAGUCAACACCGGCCAUGACUCCAGAGUAAAGCAGGUCUACCAGGCCAUAGAGUGGACAUACAGCGCUUCCUUUAGGGGAUGUGAGGAGCACCAGCACCACAACAACCAGCGCUGCAUCAGAGAGCCCUCCACCAAUAGAGACACAGACUACAUGGACCCUGGCUAUAUCACUGAGAUCCAGCAGCCGCCCCAGUACUGCAUGCAAAUGGCAGAGAGGGUGGAUGCCAGAGGGGGGACCAGUGGUCCAACACACCCCCAACCCUACCUCUGUGUCCCCAGGCCCAAACCCCAGGACUCCCCCCGCAGCGUCAAGGUCUCCUUCACCUUCGGGGAUCCUCCGUUAGACAGUGUGGACCCCCAGAACCUGGGCUACCAGAGGCUGAUGGAGGAAGGCCCAGAGGUUCUACACGACCCCAUGUAUGAGCGACUAGAUGAGGACUACAACAGCAGGGAUCCCAUGGGGAUGGCCGGGGAGGGAUAUCCUUACGCUGACAAAAUCUUCGGCAUCACCGAGUGCAGUGAGGAGCCGCUGCUGCACGACAUAUGCUAUGCGGACACCACAGACGCGGACGAGGACGAGGAGGACAUCAGCUGCGAGGAGGACAUGGGACUGAUGGGGGAUCUGGACAAGGCUAGGUUCCUCACGCUCUCUGGGUCCAGCGAUGACAUCAUCGACCUGACCUCCCUGCCCCCGCCAUGGGAGGGUAAGGACGAGAAAGAUAACGAAGAUGUGUUGCUUCACUCCCUCAACCUGGCCAUCGCAGCCCCGCCCCCAGGCUUCAGGGACCGCUCUGAUGAGGACGAGCAGCACGGGGGGGCCCGGUUGCCUGUCAAGAAGGGCCAGGGGACCCGUGAUAAUAUCCCAGUGUCCCUCAUAAACUCAGUCACCACACAGGUGGAGGAGGGCCUUGAGGGGGCCCUGGACGAAGCUGUGGUGUCCACAUUACAGGCCCUGGAGGCCCUGGCAGCUUCUGAGGAGCAGAGCCCAAAACCACAGUCAGAAAAUAGCACAGGUAUAGAAAUAUCAAGGGCAUUUAGCCCCGAGUCCUCGUCAGACUCUGGCAACGAGACUAACUCCUCUGAGAUGACAGAGAGCUCAGAGCUGGUCGCUGCCCAGAAACUCUCUGAAACCCACCUGAGACUGUAUGUGGCCACCACUGAGGGCUACCACACUCUGACUGAGGAGAAAAUAGAGUUUCCUGUAACACGGUAUGAGGACGGGACGGCCCUGGCCAUACAGCACGACCCUCAGGAGACCCAGGGGGAGGAGGAGGAGGAGAAGAAGAAAGAGGAAGGGGCCAAGUCCUCGGGUGUGUCAUCCACCCAGAUCCUCUACUCAGAAAGGGGAGAGAUGGAGCCAGAGACCAUGGAGACCAAGUCCCCCACCGACUACUUUAGCAAACUGCACAUGGGCUCUUUGAUGAGCAAGCAGCCAGGAAAGCACAGUGACCCUGAGGGCAGGAUUCAGGGAGAUACCAGUGACUCAAGAGAAAAACGAAACAGCAAAGUCCACUCAAAUAGAGGGGAGCCACCCAAAUAUAAUGCUAUUGUAAGGGAAUCUCCAUACAUGAACCAAUUCGAGUUGGGCCGAACGCCAUAUCCGUAUCGAGAGAAGCCCCCAAGAUAUCACCGGCCGCCUGAAAACAAAGUGGCCAACAAUCUUUCCCCAGACUGUGUGAAUGACUCACAAGCCUCCCUCUCUGACAGGGUAACAAUUAAGGGAGACAAGCAGGACUGGGAUGAGAGGAGCCAGCAGUUAGAGGUUUCACACUCCCUCUCUCUCGCCAAAUACCCCCACAGUACCCAGGAAGCCAAUUUACCCGGCAGCGACCGGCAGCAGCAGCAGUCGAGGAUCCCCUCAGCCGAGCAGGAUGUCACACGGCUCUAUGAGUACCACCUUAGUAAGCACAUGCCAUCGUUACAGAGCAGCGAGGGUGUCCACUCCCUCCAGAGCUCACAGUGUUCCUCCAUAGACGCUAGCUGCAGUACAGGAAGCAGCAGAUGUGUCACGCCCAUGGACUCCCCCCUCUGCGCCGGAGAAAACAUGCAUCUACUGUCGGAGUGUUCCCUCAAGGGAAUGGGCCAUAUGAGUUGGGAGGAGAAGGCCUAUGGCACCCAAGGCCAGGCCACACAGCAAGGCAAGGCUAGACAUCAGACCAUGGACCCAACCCUGCUGAGGAAGAUCCACGCAGCCACCAGUGCUGAGCCUGGGUUCAGUACCAUACGAGGAGAGCCUGGGUUCAGUACCAUACGAGGAGAGCCUGGGUUCGGUACCAUACGAGGAGAUGACUGCCAACGGAUGCCCAAGAUCAAAGAAACCACAGUGUAGCUUGUACACAGCUGGAGACGGCUGCUGGGAAAGACUCCUCUUCAGCUCUCUCUGAGGUCAACUCCGCCGCCACCACCACCAACUCACCACCAUCAUUCACCAGUAGCAGCAGCACGUCCAGAGUCCAGUGUUCCCAGUGUGCCAAAGCAGCAGGGGUGCCACAGCCCUGAGUCCCUCCCAUACUGCACCCAGGCAUUCCUCUCAAGCUUACACCCAUGUGAACGUAUCACAAGCAGCCUCAGGAGUCGGAUGCUGAGGAGGAGCUGGAGCAGCAUCACGCCGGGCUCUGGGAGCCUCGAAGCGCUGCUGGAAAAAACAAAAGCCACUCUGAACGGGUGGAGCGCCCAGAGAGUCCAGUCACCCGACGACCCCACCAAGCCACAGAGGGGAGAUUUGCUUUUUCCAAGACACUUUCCAAGAGCUUGUCUCAGGGCUCAGUAUGGUCUGUUAGAUCAGUUAGCUCUCAGUCACGGGAUGCCAAGCAGCUCCGGGCCAUGCCACUACCCAGACUGCACCGCAGGAGGUGGUGGAUGUGCCUGGAGGAGGUGCCACUCAAUGCUUCCCCAAGAGGAAGACCAACAUGGUUGGGGACGAUGUAGAUGAAGGGGGAGAAAACCCCAUCCCACAGCCGUUCUCUGGAGGUCAAAGGAUCCAAUCACUCCCUACCGACCUCAGUGUUGAGGUAGAGAACACAAUCUCUCUAUACACCUCUGGAGCUGAACCCUCCACUGUGGCUGAACACCUCAACAUGGCCAGUGUUGUGACUUUGAGUGACAUGAGUCUGGGAACAAUGCUGGCCCAUGUGAACUCACUGAAGGGAAGACUUACAGCCUCCCCAAGGGGGUCCCAGACACACAGAGAGAUGCCCUUUAGAUAAUGGCCCUAAUGCGCUCCAGUGUAGGUCAGGGAAGGGGCCAGAGAGAGAUCCAGAGAUCAGAGGUCAGGUAGCCCGACCUGUGGAGAUUCAGCCAGUUGCUCUCCAUGGAGGCCCUAGAGCGAGGCAGCGCCUGUAGUCACAUGGCCCUGGUGCACCCUGCUCACCCUGACUCAGUUUCCACAUGCUCUGCUGCUUAACAAAGGCCUGCAUGUCACUGGUGGAGGGCUUUAGCUAUGAGAGCCGGCAGAGCGAGCUGGUCGCCAAGGUGGACGAGCUGGUCGCCAAGGUGGACGAGCUUGUCGCUAAGGCGGACGAGCUGGUAGCCAAGGUGACGAGUUGGUAGCCAAGGUGACGAGUUGGUAGCCAAGGUAGACGAGCUGGUAGCCAAGGUGGACGAGCUGGUAGCCAAGGUGACGAGUUGGUAGCCAAGGUAGACGAGCUGGUAGCCAAGGUGGAAGAGCUGGUAGCCAAGGUGGACGAGUUGGUAGCCAAGGCGGACGAGCUGGUAUCAGGUGGCUGAGGUGGUAGCCAAGGUGACGAGCUGGUAGCUAAGGUGACGAGCUGGAUCCAAGCAGGUGACGAGCUGGUAGCCAAGGUAGACGAGCUGGUAGCCAAGGUGGACGAGUUGGUAGCCAAGGCAGACGAGUUGGUAGCCAAGGCAACGAGCUGGUAGCCAAGGUGACGAGCUGGUAGCCAAGGUGACGAGCUGGUAGCCAAGG